AUGUUCAAGGAGAAAUCAAUGCUUAAACCUCGAGGAACAGCUCUGUCUCCUUCUGGUAUACCGAAGAACUUGCGGCUCCGGUGUGAAAAGAACGGUUGUGACCUUGGCUAUCUCAUCCUACGUAUCAUGAACAACGAACCUCGCGAGCUUAAUCACUUGAAGGCCAUAUAA